GCCUGCGCGAGCUCUCUGUCACUCGCCCGCCCGCGUCGCCAACUUCGGAGCGGACAGUGGGGCCAUGGGGGCGCACCCGGGACGUAUCACGUAGCCGCGGCAUCCUCGGACCGCCCGCGCGGCUCCAAGCUCCCGCCCAGCUCUUCCUGCGUCUGGGCCAUGGGCAGCCACGGCGCCCCCAUGUGCGCGGCGCACCCCGCGGUGGCCGAGGGUGGCCUGGCCCGGGAGCCGCUGCAGCUCCUGGAGGUACCGCCCCGCAAGAGGCUGCCGGUCGGGCCCGAGCAGGACCCUUGUGGCAGCCGCCCUGCUCCUGAGGGCGCUGGGGCAGGCUCAGAGCAGGGCCACUCUGCCGGUGGAGGCAGCUGGUGCCGCCACUGCCACACGAAGCUCGCCGAGCUCAAGCGACAGGCGUGGAAGCUGGUCAGCGGGUCCGGGACACCGCUUCGGGACCCCUGCCUCUCCUCGCUGCUGCUGGACCAGCUCCCGGCACCCGGCUCCUUGUCCUCACACCGCCCGGAGGGCGGGCACCGCUGCAGCGUCUGUGCCGCUCACCUGCACCAGCUCACGCGGGAGGCCCUGCGGCUGCUGCAGGCCCCCGCCAGCCGGGGGGACCCCGACGCCCACCCUGGAGGCCCGGGCCUGGCGCCCUCCGGCCCCGGUGCCACAGACAGCCCUCGGGAUGUGCCAGUGGUGUUGGGCCUGGCUGGCAGGCAGCCAGGCCAGGCGGCACCGGACGGGAGGAAGGCGCUGGCCUGGCCCUCCAGGCCCAGCGUCCAGGUGUCUGUGGCGCCUGCCGGCCUGGGCGGGGCGCUGAGCACGGUCACCAUCCAGGCCCAGCAGUGCCUGGAGGGCAUGUGGAGUGUCUCUAGGGUUGGCGGCCUCCUGCCCGCCUCCUGCCUGGCAGAAGCAGCGGUGGCCGCGGUAGCGGUGGCAGACACGGUCCGAGAUGGCCCUCCCGCCCUGGGCCCUGACGGUGUGUCCAAGAUGUGGGGUCGCGGCGGGGCCUGCACGACCGCCCUGGUCUCCCCGGUCCCGGGCACCCCGGCCGGGGGCUCCACUGGCCCGUCGGCCGCAGCCUCCUUCUUCAUCAGGGCUGUCCAGAAGCUCAGCCUGGCCUCCAAGCGCAAGAAGCCCCACCCUCCACCAGCCCCUGCCAGCCGGGGUACCUCCACCUACCCCACGGACUUCAGUGGGGCCCUGCAGCUGUGGCCGCCCCCUGUGCCCCCCUGCCUGCUCAGGGCCUCUGCCAAGGCCAAGGACAACCUCAGCAGUGUUGGAAAGGUGAAAGUUGUGCUGCGCGUCUGGCCGGCCCAGGGGGCCCCAUGCUCGGCCGAAUCGCCACCGUCCUUCUUGAAGGUGGACCCACGGAAGAAGCAGGUGACCCUUUAUGACCGGGCCACUGGGCCCCCGGGCGGCACAGGUUCCCGGCUCGCAGUGACCCCCGCAGUCCCUAAGAUGUUUGCCUUCGAUGCCGUUUUCCCCCCGGACUCGGAGCAGGCUGAGGUCUGCUCGGGGACGGUGGCUGAUGUGCUGCAGUCAGUGGUCAGCGGGACCGACGGCUGCAUCUUUUCCUUCGGCCCCACAAGCCUGGGGACAUCUCACACCAUGAUCGGGAAGGACAGCUCGCCCCACAGCCUGGGCGUCACCCCCUGUGCCAUCUCCUGGCUCUUCCGGCUCAUCGGGGAGCGCAGGCAGCGGACAGGCACCCGAUUCUCCGUCCGCGUCUCCGCCGUGGAGGUGUGCAGCCGGGACCAGAGCCUGCGCGACCUGCUGGCCGAGGUGGCUGCCGCCAGCCUCCAGGAUGCCCGGUCUCCCGGUGUGUGCCUGCGGGAGGACCCCGUCUGUGGGACGCAGCUCCAGAACCAGAGUGAGCUGCGGGCGCCCACGGCGGAGAAGGCAGCCUUCUACCUGGACGCCGCCCUGGCGGCCCGCAGCCCCAGCCCAGCCAGCUCCCACCUGCUCUUCACACUGCACGUGUACCAGUACCGCGUGGAGAAGUGCGGCAGCGGGGGAAUGUCUGGAGGCCGCAGCCGCCUGCACCUCCUUGACCUGGGUGGCUGCGAGGGGGCUCCUGGCGGCCCCCUGGGCCUGUCCCUGUCUGCCUUGGGCGCUGUCAUAUUGGCCCUGCUCAGCGGAGCCAAGCACGUGCCCCACAGGGACCACAGGCUCACCCUGCUGCUGCGGGAGGCCCUGGCCGCCGCCACCUGCCACACCACCAUGAUCGUGCAUGUCUCCGACGCGCCCGCCCACCACGCCGAGACACUCAGCGCCGCACAGCUGGCCGCUCGCGUCCACCGCCUGCGAAGGAAGAAGGUCAAGUGCGCCUCCAGCUCCUCCGGCGGUGACAGCUCCUGUGAGGAGGGCUGCGCCCGCCCCGCCGCCGCCCCGCCUCUCUUCCACCCCCGCCCCGGGGCCCGCCUGGCCCCCAGCCCGCCCCGAGACCCCGACUACUCAUCCAGCAGUGAGCAGUCCUGCGACACGGUUGUUUACGUGGGGCCCGGCGGGGCAGCGCUGUCGGACCGCGAGCUCACGGACGGGGAGGGCCCGCCGGACUCUGUGCCCAUCGUCCCUGCGCUGAGCCGCCGCCGGCCCUCCGGGGGCCCUCGGGACGCGGACCACUUCCGCUGUGGCACCUUCGCGGAGCUGCAGGAGCGGCUGGACUGCAUUGACGGCAGCGAGGGCCCCUCGGGAGCCCUGGCCAGCCCUGCCCGAGGCAGCAGGAAGCCCUCCCCACCCGAGGCUGCUGCCCCCAGGGUGGCUGCGGACGCCCCACUGGCUGUCAACGCACCUCACCCCAGCCCCGGCCCAGACGCCCACCGGGCUGCCCCAGAGCCGGAUAGCGGCGCCGGACCUGAGCUGCUUGGGCUGGACAAGGCCCCGGGCGGUGGUGGCAGGAGGCCGCUUCCCAGCCCAGCCCCUCCGCCCCCUGGACAGUGGGAUGGGGGCCAAGCCCCCACUGAGCCCGAGGGCAGGGGUGCUGAUCCCGCAGUCCGGACGCCCCCGGUGGGCAUGAGUGGGGUGGGGGGCUGCUCCCGUUUGCCCACGAGGGGCCGUCUGGAGCGGGGCCUGCUGACCACCACAGUGACCCUGCAGCAGCCCGUGGAGCUGAACGGUGAGGACGAGCUGGUGUUCACGCUGGUGGAGGAGCUGGCCCUGGGCGGCCGCCCCGCCAGCCUGGCCAGCUUCAGCAGCGACUGCUCGCUGCAGGCCCUGGCCUCGGGCUCGAGGCCGGUGAGCAUCAUCAGCAGCAUCAACGACGAGUUCGACGCCUACACCUCGCAGGCUGCCGGCUCCUCCGGGAGCUCCAGUCUCUGCGAGGUCGGCGCCUGCACCGCCGACAGCCCCCGCCCCGCGCCGCAGCCGUGCUCACGGGCCAGCCCGGACCCCCUCCGCCCCGACUCCCCAGCGGGGCCCAGCCCUCUGCGCCCCCGGAUCCCGGACAGCUCCCCGGGGCACAACUCACCAGACGGCCUUGGCGCUGUGGCUGUGGCAGCCACCGCCCGAGUGGGCAGGGAGCCCCAGGCCACGUCCCCACGCAGGGCAGCCCCUUUGCAGACCAUCCACUCCAGCCUCCCCCGGAAAUCCAGGACCACUGCGGCGGCCAGUUGCCCAGGCGGCCCUCACCUGGCCCUGAUCCCACCUGGCCCUGCGGGGCAGUUCGAGGACCCCUGGCUUCUCCAGGCAGAUGGCCGUGGCCCCCUCCAGGUGACCUCUGCCAGCAGGUCCCCCAGCCCGGCCCCGGUGCUGGCUUGUGCCCAGAGGGUGGUGGAUGGCUGUGAGGUGGCAGCCAGGGCGGCCCCCGCGCCGGAGGCUGUGGCCCAGGUCCCAGUGCUGCGAAGGGGGGCCACCACACUGGGGGUGACCACGGGGGCCGCGCCCUGCGGGCAUGUCCCAGUUGAGUCAGAGGCCUGCUUGGGUGGCCCGAGGGCCACCUCCAGCAGCAAGAGGAGUGUGGGCCCCCGGGGGGGUUUGCUCCUGAGGCCUGGCGGGUCGGCGCCCCCAGCCCCGCCCGUGCGCAAGUCCAGCCUGGAGCACAAGACCGGCCCGUCGCCCACGCCUCCUCCCCCCGGGGGUCUAGCCUGGCCCGGGGCUGCUGCCCCCGUCCUUGGGGAGGAGGAGGCCAGGCCCAGCGGUCGGGCCGAUCACUCCGUCUCCAAGGCCACGUCCAGCCUGAAGGCCCGAGCAGGGAAGGCGGAGGCCGCGUACCGGCCUGCCGCCCACGGCUCUCUGGAGCGGGGCGAGGGCCUGGCCCCCGGCAGCGGCAGGGCCAGGGAAGCCGGUGGAAGGCCCACCCGGGCUGUGCCUAGGUUGGGAGUGCCACCCUCCAGCCCUGCACCCGGGCCUGCUCCCGCCUACAGGGGCAGCCCUGCCAGGGGUGUGGGGGCCCCUAAGCCCCCAGCUGGUGGGGGCAAGGGCCGUAGCCUGGUGGGUGGCGGGUCAAGGGCUCUGGGCCCUUCUGCAAAGCCUCUGGCCCCUGCGGCAGGCCGGACACCCAGCGGUCCUGCAGCGGGUCCCAGGGCAGCACCUCGGGCCAACCCUGGCAUCGGGGCCAAGGUCAGCCGGGGCACCAUCAUGGGCACCAAGCAGGCCCUCCGGGCCGCCCACAGCCGCGUGGACGAGCUGGCGGCCGGGGGCGCCCGGGGCAGAGGCGGCCCCUCCUGGGGCUCGGCCGACUCGGACAGUGGCAACGACAGCGGCGUGAAUGUGGGCGAGGAGCGGCCCCCGGCCGGCCCCCUGCUGCCCUCGCCCUACAGCAAGGUGACAGCCCCACGGCGUCCCCAGCGCUACAGCAGCGGCCACGGCAGCGACAACAGCAGCGUGCUGAGUGGGGAGCUGCCCCCGGCCAUGGGCCGCACGGCGUUGUUCUACCACAGCGGCGGCAGCAGCGGCUACGAGAGCAUGAUGCGUGACAGCGAGGCCACUGGCAGCGCCUCCUCCGCCCCCGACUCCAUGAGCGACAGUGGAGCCGCGUCCCCGGGCUCCCGCGCCCGCAGCCUCAAGUCCCCCAAGAAGAGGGCCACAGGUCUGCAGCGGAGACGGCUGAUCCCAGCCCCGCUGCCCGACGCUGCCACCCUGAGCCGCAAGCCCAACCUUCCUGGGCAGUGGGUAGACCUGCCCCCGCCCCUGGGAGCCUCGCUGAAGGAGCCCUUCGAGAUCAAGGUGUACGAGAUCGACGACGUGCAGCGCCUGCAGCGACACCGGCCGCCUCCUCGGGCAGAGCUGGAGCCCUCCCAGGACGUGGAGAAGGGCCCAGUGUGCGCCAGCGUGAAGGUGCGGCUGGCGGAGCGUCAGCAGCAGAAGCUCCGAGAUGUGCGGGCCAAGCGGGAGCUGCUCUGUGCGGAGCUGGCUGCGACCCAGGGCCGGCUGAUGCUGGAGCCCGGCCGCUGGCGGGCACAGUUCGAGGUGGACCCCACGCUGGAGCCCGAGUCCGUGGAGCACCUGGAGGCCCUGGAGCGCGCAACGGCCGCCCUGGAGCGGCACGUGAACCUGUGCAAGGCCCACGUCAUGAUGGUCACCUGCUUCGACAUCAGCGUCACCACGCCAGCCGCCACCCCGGGGCCACGGGAGGUGGACGUCUGAGGCUGGGGACUUGGGGAGGGGAUGUGUGGGGCGGGAGGAUGGCAGGUGAGAUGGACGGUGGAUGUGUCGGGGGCUGGAGGGACGUGGACGCAGAGGCCCCGGCGCAGAGCCGGGCGCUCGGAGUGGCCGGGACAUGAGGGAGCGGCGUGGAUGGAGGGUGAGUGAGCGGGAGGCGAGGGGACUGUCCCCACCCAGACAGCGACGCAAGUGCCUUUGACCUGGACGAGGACUUCUCUUCCUUGUUCGUUUGGUGCUGAGAACACGAGCCACCAGCAGCUGGAGGCCGGCCUCGUUCCUCGGGGUCCAGGCAUCUGACACAGCAGGUCUGGGCAGCUGCGGCCGGGCCCCCGGCCCCUUUCCACCCCCAGGAUGGCUUUCCUGGGCACGGGAUGCCCCGACCUGCUCGGUCCCCAGGACACGGGAGGGCAGUGCCCGGGGCUGAGCCCAAGCCACACAGCGCCUUCUUCUGCGGCAGGAACUCUUACCAAAACCACGCGCAGAAACGAGAACUGACACACAGGAGGGGUUGCAGGUUUUGGCAGGUCUUGUCGGGUGUGUAUUUUUAUACUAUUUUGCCUACAAGUGCGGCAUUUGCAGCGGGAGUUUGAAAACAAACGGUUUAUGUUUCUACAGUUUUCUACGGAAGGUGUCCCUCCGCUCUUUCUGGGGGACGCCCUGGGCGGGAACCAAAGGGGAGCCUGCUGACGCUCCGUGUUCCCGCCUCGGCAGGCUCUUUUCGACCACUGUGCGUUUUUUGGGGGCGUCUGCAUUUUUGUACAGACGUGCGGACGACAUCCUGCCGUGGCUCUUACUUGUGAAUAAACGGUGCAUCGAUCGUCCUGUGGC